AUGCCGCAUCGCAAGUGGUUCCUCCGUUUGAUCUAUCGACUCUCUCUUCCUCCCCUGGACAAUUCCAUUUCUUCUGUUCUUUGCUUUGCUGUCAUCGAAAUUGUCCUCCUUAAAUGCGCCAUCAUGGGUCGACCUUCAGGGAAGCGCAACAUAGACCAGGUUGAUCUCACCUUGAGUGAUGAUGGGAGUUCUACCCCAGGACACACUCCCAAGCACCCGCGCGCAGUCAGUGGGCAGCGAUUGGGGCAAGACACGGCCUUCGUACCCCUGAGUCAAUCAUCGCAAAAUUAUGCGGCCGACGAUGAAGAUGACGAGCAUGCUGCGGAUCAGAUUAUGGGCACUCAAGGAGUGGAUGAUGCAAUGUCUAACAACUCCAUGCUGUAUGGUGAGAUGCCCUCAAAGAUUGUCGGUGUGCGUUUCUACAAUGGAUAUGCUACUAUUGGAGAGCAUGUCAUCUUGAAACGAGAGCCACAGAACCCGUAUGACCGGAACGCUAUCCAAGUGCUGAAUGUCAUGGGAGCCCAAAUCGGCCAUAUUCCUCGCUUCAUGGCGUCUAAGUUGGCGGGAUACAUGGACUCUAAGUCGCUGAUCAUUGAGGGCUCGCUGACAGGCAGCAUUGGGGCUUAUGAUUGUCCCAUUUCUCUGCGAUUGUUCGGUCCGACUGAUCCACAAAAAAGAGAAGAACUAAAGCAGAGAAUGACGGCCGAUAGGCUGCCCUUGGGUAGCCUCAGACAACAGGAGCGCGAUGAGCGUGCCCUCCAAAAGGAACACGAAAAGGCGCGAAAGGAAGCCCAGAAAAAAGCUCGUGCUCUCGGAGGCGGCAAAGGAGCCCAGUGGGAGGCCGGCGAGAACUCCUUGUAUGCCAACCUCUUUAGCGGGGAGGGCCUUCAGGAAGGGGAGAAUCUUGAAGACCUUAUUGGCCAAAGUAGCACUUUCAAUCCUCGUGAGAUUGGUAAAGUGACUGAAAGCUUUGGCAUGAACGAGUCUGAUUUGGCAAAUAUGCCUAUGGUGGAUACUCCCGCUGCCCUUUCAACAGAAUUACUCCCCUAUCAACGUCAGGGACUGGCUUGGAUGAUCAGCAAAGAAAAUCCUAGCCUACCCGGCCCUGGAUCUGAGGAUGUGGUGCAAUUGUGGAAGAGGAAAGGCUCUAAUUACACCAAUCUUGCCACCAACUAUUCCACAUCCACUGCACCUCCUCUUGCGAGUGGUGGUAUUUUGGCGGACGAUAUGGGUCUUGGAAAGACAAUACAGAUCAUUUCCUUGAUACUGGCGAAUUCUCAACCAAAGACAGCUGGGGGUUCCAAAUGCACUCUGAUUGUGGCCCCUGUAGGGGUCAUGAGCAAUUGGAAAAACCAAAUCCAGGAACAUACCCAUAGCGAGAACACCCCGCGCGUGCAUGUGUACCAUGGUGCAGGAAAGAAGGAAGCGAAGAAUCUGGACCAAUACGACUUGGUUGUCACCAGCUAUGGUGCACUUGCAAUGGAAUACAACCCCCAGGCCAAGGCGCCCCCCAAACAAGGCAUUUUUUCUGUCUACUGGCGUCGAAUUGUUCUCGAUGAAGGUCAUACAGUGCGCAACCCAAGAUCCAAAGGUGCUCUCGCCGCCUGUAACUUGCGUGCCGAUUCCCGCUGGUCGUUGACUGGAACUCCUAUUGUGAACAGUCUCAAGGAUCUCUUUUCUCAAGUUCGCUUUCUGGGGCUUACCGGUGGUCUAGAGGACAUGGCGGUCUUCAAUAGCGUUUUGAUUCGGCCUCUCAUGUCUGACGAUCCUAACGCACGCUUACUACUGCAAACACUGAUGUGUACCAUUUGCCUACGUCGCAGAAAGGACAUGGAAUUCGUCAAUCUGCGUUUGCCACCUCUCACAUCUCGUGUUCUGCGAGUCAAGUUCCACCCCCAUGAAGAAGAGAAAUACAACAUGUUUCAAGCCGAGGCAAAGGGCAUGCUUCUGGAUAUCAAAUCCAAAGAAAAGGCCGGUACCACAUACUCCAAUCUUCUUGAGGUUAUUCUGCGGCUCCGACAAGUAUGCAACCAUUGGGCACUCUGUAAAAAACGCAUUGAUAGCAUCACCGCACUACUGGAGAAGGAAAAGGUGGUUCCACUUACUCCGGAGAACAUCAAGGCUCUCCAGGACAUGCUGCAAGUCAGAAUUGAGAGCCAGGAGACUUGUCCGAUCUGCCUAGAUACCCUCGCAGAACCUGUGAUUACCGCAUGCGGUCAUUCAUUUGAUCGAGAGUGUAUCGAACAAGUGAUCGACAGACAGCACAAAUGCCCUAUGUGCCGAGCCGAAAUUGGAGACACAACCACCCUGGUGUCUCCUGCUGCCGAGAUGGGCGAGAACAAUGACAGUGUUUCUGCAGACCCAGACAACCCAAGCAGCAAGAUCGAAGCCCUUGUCAAGAUCUUGACGGCCCAAGGGCAGGCUGCCGGUACCAAGACCGUCGUGUUUAGUCAGUGGACAUCGUUCCUCGAUCUCGUCCAGCCUCACUUGGAGCGCCAUGGCAUCGGAUUCGCUCGCAUUGACGGUAGAAUGAGCUCUGUCAGCCGUGACAACUCAACGUACCGCUUUUCGCGUGACCCCAACUGCACAGUUCUUCUUGCCAGUCUCAGUGUCUGCGGCGUCGGCCUCAACCUAGUCGCCGCCAACCAAGCCAUCCUUGCCGACAGUUGGUGGGCCCCAGCCAUCGAAGAUCAAGCCGUCGACCGAGUAUACCGUCUAGGACAGAUGCGCGAAACGACCGUAUGGCGCCUUGUCAUGGAAAACAGUAUCGAGGACCGAGUCCUCGCGGUCCAGGAGACGAAGCGUAAGCUGAUGCUGGAGGCAUUCCGCGAGACCGCUACCAAGAAGAAGGCCGAUGAGAGAGCCACUCGUGUUGCUGAUCUCGAAAAGCUUCUCACUUGA